GGCGGCGGCAACAAAAGGGAACAGCCAUGUCUGGGCUCGCAGGAAAAUUAGCAAAAGACAGGGAGGUCGCCCGAGGCUUAGGCUCCAAUGCCAAGGCCGUGAAGUACUUAAACCAGGACUUCCAUGCGCUGCGGGACGAGUGCCUCGAAGCGGGGAAGCUCUUCCAGGACCCCUCCUUCCCCGCGGCCGCCUCUUCCCUGGGCUACAAGGAGCUGGGACCGAACUCCUACAAAACGAGGGGCAUCGUGUGGAAGAGGCCGACGGAGUUGUGUUCCGAUCCUCAGUUUAUUGUUGGAGGUGCCACCAGAACUGAUAUCUGCCAAGGAGCUUUAGGAGACUGUUGGCUCCUGGCAGCCAUUGCUUCUCUCACAUUGAAUGAAGAAGUUUUGGCUAGAGUUGUGCCCAGCGAUCAAAGCUUCAAAGAUAGAUAUGCAGGAAUAUUCCACUUCCAGUUCUGGCAGUAUGGAGAGUGGGUGGAUGUUGUUGUUGAUGACAGGCUACCUACCAAAGAUGGAGAGCUCCUCUUUGUUCAUUCAGCCCAAAGGAGUGAGUUCUGGAGCGCUCUGCUGGAGAAAGCUUAUGCCAAGGCGAAUGGAUCAUAUGAGGCUCUCUCUGGAGGAAGCACCACUGAGGGCUUUGAGGACUUCACUGGUGGAAUUGCAGAGUGGUACGAGCUGCAAAAGCCACCGUCGAACCUGUUCAAAAUCAUCCAGAAGGCUCUUCAGAAGGGCUCUCUCCUGGGAUGCUCUAUUGAUAUCACAAGUGCUGCUGAGACAGAGGCUGUCACCACACAGAAGCUGGUCAAAGGGCAUGCAUACUCUGUUACAGGUGCAGAAGAGGUGAAUUUCCGAGGCAGCCUGCAGAAGUUGAUCAGAAUCCGGAACCCCUGGGGGGAAGUAGAAUGGACUGGAAAAUGGAACGACAACUGUCCAAGCUGGAACGGAGUUGAUCCUAAAGUGAGAGAGAGGCUCACCCAGAGACAUGAAGAUGGAGAAUUUUGGAUGUCAUUUAGUGAUUUCCUGAGGCAUUACUCCCGCCUUGAGAUCUGCAACUUGACUCCAGAUACACUGGCCAGUGACAAGUUCAAGAAGUGGAGCCUGAAUUUGUUGGAUGGGAACUGGAGGAGAGGAUCCACCGCUGGUGGGUGCAGAAAUUACCCAGAUACAUUCUGGAUGAAUCCGCAAUAUUUGAUCAAACUUGAGCAAGAAGAUGAAGAUCCCGAUGAUCCUGAGAGAGGCUGCACCUUCCUUGUUGGCCUGAUCCAGAAACACCGUCGGAAGCAGCGGAAGAUGGGGGAGGAUAUGCACACCAUUGGAUUUGCCAUCUAUGAGGUACCUCCACAGUCUUCUGGCCAAACAAAUGUCCACCUGAGCAAAAACUACUUUCUAACGAACCGAGCGAGGGAACGAUCAAACACAUUCAUCAACCUCCGAGAGGUGUUAAAUCGGUUCAAGCUUCCCCCAGGAGAGUACAUCAUUGUGCCAUCCACUUUUGAACCCAACAAGAACGGGGAUUUCUGCCUCCGAGUCUUCUCAGAAAAGAAUGCGGAUUCACAAGUUGUUGAUGAUGAAAUUGAAGCCAAUAUUGAAGAGAAAGAACUCACAGAAGAUGAAAUUGAACCCAGUUUUAAGAAAUUAUUUAAGCAAUUAGCUGGAGAGGAUGCUGAGAUCUCAGCCUUUGAAUUGUGCAACAUUCUGAAAAAAGUCAUGGCAAAACGCCAAGAUAUUAAAUCGGAUGGCUUCAGCAUUGAAACAUGCAAAAUAAUGGUUGAUCUAUUAGACACUGAUGGUAGCGGUAAGCUGGGGCUGAAGGAAUUUAAUGUACUUUGGACAAAGAUUCAGAAAUACCAGAAAAUUUAUAGGGACAUGGAUGUUGAUCGCUCUGGAACCAUGAACUCCUAUGAGAUGCGGAAAGCCUUAGAAGCAGCAGGUUUUAAGCUGGAUUGCCAAUUGCACCAAGUCAUUGUGGCUCGUUUUGCUGAUGAGCAGCUGAUAAUCGAUUUUGACAAUUUUGUUCGAUGCCUGAUUCGACUGGAAACCUUGUUCAAGAUAUUUAAGAGACUGGAUACUGAGAAAACAGGAACGAUACAGAUGAAUCUUGUCACUUGGGUGUGUUUUACUAUCAUAUGAAGAAGCCAUGACCCUCAGCUGAAGAUUAUCCUAGGAACGUGAACAUCAAGACCAAAAUGGAGCGUUAAAAGAAAAAAGCUAUUGCAUAUCUUAUAUUUAUGAAUGAAGCUGCUAAGCAACAGAAGAAUACUGAAAAAGCAAAAUGAGCGCACAGUGGAAGUUACUUACCUUGGUAGCUUCUGUAUACAAGCUUUAACUUUUUAUAUAAUUCUAUUUUAUUUGCUUGAGCUAAUUUGCUUAAGUUUGCUAAUUUCAAGAAGUUAGUUUUAAAUGAAAGCUGAUGAGUAGCGGUCUUUUUUUAAAAUGGCAACAUGGAGCAUACGCCAUUCAACCUACAAUUAUUCAGAAUUAUAAGAACCUAAACAUCUGAAGAUGCACCCUCAAGAUGCUGAGCAAUAAACUUACACCAUCAACUUCACUUUCCAACCCAAAGUAUACAGUAUUUAAGAAUGCUACUUGAACUAAUCAACUAAAAUCAAUUUCAUGCCAAAUAUUGCAUGCAUUAUACCAACCUUUAGUUUUCACCAGAUGAUAUUUAAAUCCCAAACUUUUUUU